AUCUCAUGAAAGCAUCAGAUCAUAUAGCAAGCCUACUGAUGAUCAACAAUUAAAUUUUACUACAAUAUUAAUUCCAAAUGCAACAAUUGAUGAUAAUUUUGAAGAAUUUUAUUUUAUCUGA